AUGGCCACAGUAAUCGAAGCCAUCAGAAUUUCAAAUAACCUAAUGGAUAUGGACCAACUAAAUAAAAGACCCACCUUCUCAAGAACGAUACACAACACAAACAAUAACCUCACAAGAAUCUUGGAAAGGAGACUAGACAGAAUAUACCUUAACAAUAGCAUAAUCAACUACAGCCAAUUAUACUUAAGGAACCUAAUCCCCCCAAAAAUUAAUGACAUACCUCUAUCAGAUCACAACUUCCUAUCAACCACCUUCACUCUACCCAACAUACAGAUGAACAAGCGCAGAUGGAGAUUAAAAAAAUCCUCAAUCCUCUCAAGCAUAAUGCUUAAGAAAAUAGACUUCCUACUUAACGAUUAUUCAAGGGAGCUGUCAUCCAACCAUAACUCUAUUUCCUUCUCUCAACUCAACAGCUUACUAAACAAAAUAAAACAACUAUACACAGAAUUUCAAAAACAAAAUGACUACAACAAUAAGGCAAACAUCAAAAAUCUAAUCUCCCUACUAGAGACAGAAUUUAAAGACCAAGCCUUCGCAACCCUUUCAGCAAUAAAUGAAUCUAAAAAAAGAGAAGAACAACUUAAACAAGAAUUGAACAACUAUUGCGAAGAAACCUCACUCAAGUACAUCUCCGCGAGAAUCAAGAAAAGACACAAUGAUUUCACCAUCAACGCAGUAAAAGAUGCACAAGGUAGAACAAUCAACAAACAGGAAUUGAUCGAAGAAGAAUACGUAAAAUAUUACUCAAAUCUUUAUGACUACAAAGAAGAUGACCCACCAUCUCAUUAUGAAAUGUUGGAAAAUUGGACAGUGACCAGGGACUCAACAUGGGACAACCUUGAAAAUGAAUUCACAUCACAAGAGAUCCUAGAAGUAAUAAAACAAUUGAACCCACACAAAUCUCCAGGCCCAGAUGGAAUUCCAAACUUAUUCUACAUAACACACAAAGAAAAACUAGCUCCAAUACUGGCCUCAGCAUUCAACGACACUCUAAGAAAUCCUCAUCUAAUUAGCAAAAAUUACAAAGAAGGCCUCAUUAUCACGAUACCUAAAAAGGGAGACCCCGAACUAAUCAAAAACAGAAGACCAAUUACACUGGCUAACUGUAUAUAUAAAAUCCACUCAAAACUAAUAAACAAUAGAAUAAUCCCAAUACUAACGAAAGUGAUCAACCACAAUCAAAAAGGUUUCGUACCAGGCAGAUUCAUUAUAGAUAAUAUCAUAUCAAUGAACGAAUUAAUCAACUAUUGUAAUGAUAAAAGAAUUAACGGAAUAAUUACACUAUAUGAUUUCGAAAAAGCUUUUGACUCGAUCUCACACGGUUCAAUACUCAGAUCACUACAACACAUCAACAUUCCAACCAAUAUAAUCAACCUGAUAAUGAAUCUACUCACCAAAUCUGAAGCAAGAAUUGAAAUUAAUGGUAGAACUACUAUACCCUUUGAGAUCAAAAGAGGAGUUAAACAAGGAGAUCCACUAUCACCCACCCUGUUCGUCCUUGUAAUAGAGGCUUUAGCUAGAAAAAUUUUACAAGAUGACCGAAUUACUGGCCUUCCUCUAAACAACAGCAACCACAGAGAGAAAUUCCAAAGCUUUGCAGACGACUCGGCUUCAAUGGUCCCAGACUCUCAACAACUUGAAUUAGUACUACAACACUUCAAUUCAUUUUGCAAAGCCACUUCCUCAAAACUAAACAUCGACAAAUCUUCAUCAAUUCUUAUAGGCAACCCAGACAAUACCAACCAAAGAAUUCCAAUAUCUACAAAUCCAGAAAGAUACUUGGGAUACUUCUUCACAGGCAAAGGGAUAACAAGAAAAAUGCCAGAAAUAUUAAACACAAUAAGAUCAUCCUUAGUACUAUGGAAAACCACUGACUCAACAAUCAAAACCAAAACCAACAUCCUCAAAGCAUUCGCACUCUCUAAAUUAACCUACUAUUCAUAUGUAGAGAACUUUAAGGAAGAGGAAUUAAACCAAAUCAAUAAAUUAGUCGAAUGGUUUUUAUCGGCACCAAACAACAAAAAUGCUAGUGGAUUUCAAGUUAUUAAUUUAAUGAGAACCAAAAGAGCAAGAUACCCACUAAAAGUAGGGGGCUGGAACAUUUGGAAUAUAGAAUUGAGACAACUGGCGCAGAAACUUUGGAUCAUAAACCAGUUCAUCCUAGCACUAGAAACCAAACAAACAAACUCAUCUCAUCACAAAAGCUGGGAAUAUCAGAUCCAAAAAAACAAAUUCACAUCCAGAUACCUAAAAGAAAACUUAGACGAAUGGAACAAAAUAAGAAUAAAAAAAGCAAUCUUCAACAAUAAUCUCACAUCCAUAAAAAACGAAAAUGGACAACCACUUUCACUGGCAGAAUGGUAUACCACAAUUCAAGACCAAAAUCCAACCAUCCCUAAAACGGAAUUCCAAUCAUCUCUAAACUUAAGAGGCUACAGCUAUAAUCAACUCUUCAACAACAUACUGAAGAUAAAAGACCCUAAAACAAGAGACACAAUGUUUAGAUUCCAUGCCAGAUGCCUUCCAAUAAACUACCUUCACAACAAACAAUGCCCACUCUGCAAAGAAGAUAUGAGCAAAGACCCAUACGGUCACCUGUUCUUCUCAUGCAAGAAAACAAAACAAUUCAUAAAAAUAAAUAAACUCAAAAAUUUCAUCUAUAUUACCACAGGCAAAGGUAAAAACUGGCACCAUACAAGAAUUAGGCAAAAUAACAAUUUCAUUAAUAGAAUAACUCCAAAAUUAUCACCGACAGCCAAAAAAGAUCAAGAAGUGAAUGCAGAUUACGCCAACCACAGAUUCCACAAAGAAUACUUUGAAUGGAACUAUAAAGCAAUAGACUAUGAUCUAACUAGAUCAUUCGCAUAUAGAAACCUAAUGGCCCUUAUCCUCCACAACAUUUGGAUUUGGAUUUGCAAUCAAAUAUACAGUGAAGAUCCUUUAACAGAUGAAUCACUAUCAUACAGCUCCCUUCUAAAGAAAUGGCACAAAUUGGCCACUCUAGAAUACAUCAAAAAAGCAAAAGAUCUGAAAAACUUAUCAGCAAAAGACCAUAAUAACUUCAAAGAUCCUAAGAUCCUUCUCACUUCAACGAUCAAGUUAAGAAAAACAACAGCUAAUUACUAUUGUAUUCCAGAAUCAUCUCUCCCAAAUAUUAUAUCUUUUGAUCAAUUCAUAUGA